AUGACAGUUUCUGAUCUGAAAGAAACAAACCUUUUCAAGCCAAUUAAGGUUGGUAACGUCAACCUGACAACUCGAGUCACUUAUGCUCCAACCACUAGAAGGAGAGCGACUGUUGAUUUUAUUCCCUCUCAGCUACAACUGCAGUACUAUGGUGACCGUUCAAAGGAUAAUGGAGGUCUAAUCAUAACUGAGGCAACAUUCGUUUCCAAGCAGGGAGGCCUGUACGAUCAAGCACCUGGUAUUUGGUCCGAGAGACAGGCAAAGGCUUGGAGGGCUAUUACAGACAAAGUCCACGAAAACAAUACUGCCAUUUCGGUGCAAUUGUGGAAUCUGGGAAGGGUCGCUUCUCCAAAAUUGGCUAAGGAACAUGGUUUGAAGUUGUUAGGACCAUCCGCCUUUUACGAAAGUGAAGCCAGUGAAAAGGCAGCCCAGGAGGCAGGCAUUGAGAUCCAGGCUGCUACCAUUGAGGACAUAGAGAACUUCAAGAAAGAGUAUGUUGUAGCUGCGAAGCUGGCAGUCGAAGUUGCGGGAUUUGAUUUUAUCGAAGUACAUGGUGCUCACGGAUACCUAUUCGACCAAUUCUUGCAAGGGAAAGGUGUGAAUGAACGAACCGAUCAAUAUGGAGGUACUAUCGAAAACAGAGCCAGAUUUUUGCUUGAAGUGAUUGAUCUUUUGAUCGAUACCGUUGGGGCUGAAAAGCUGGCAGUCAGGCUUUCUCCUUGGGCAGAAGUCCAAGGUUCCGCUGGAGUUAAUGGCGACCCUCAUCCAAUUGUUCUCUACGGAUACGUCCUUUCAGAGCUUGAAAAACGGGCAAAACAGGGAAACAGAUUAGCAUACAUUUCGAUUGUGGAACCAAGAGUGAGUGGUGUUACUGACGUCUCAGCAGAAGAGGCCCAAAGAAAGGGUAUUGCCAGCAAUGAUUUCGUCCUUGACAUUUGGAAAGGUGUGGUUGUCCGUUCUGGAGCCUACCUUUCAACCCCAGGAUUUCCCUCUUUGAUUAAGGAUGUCAAUGCGAACGACAGAACGUUGAUUGGGGCUAGUAGAUUUUGGACCUCUAACCCUGAUCUAGUGCAAAGACUAAAGAACGGAAAAAAGCUGACUCCUUAUGACCGAAGCACUUUCUACCUCCACACUAACUAUGGCUAUAAUACAUGGAAGAAGUAUGGGGACGAUACUGUGGUGAGCGAGGACGACCCAGAGGCCAAGAAAACUCCCGUUGCGCUGGCUUGA